AUCACCUGACCAGGACUCUGGAGAGGCAAUGGCGACGCUCGUCCUGUGCUGGUGCUGUCCUGGAAGGCGUUGGGUUUUCGCCGGGAUUGGCGGCGUUUCUCGCCACGGAAGAGGGGUUCCAACUGGGUCCACGUCCAGCGGGAAGAGGGGACAGAGCUCAGUGGCUCAGCAGCCCCUCAUCACGGCCCAGAAACCGAGGAAAGGUGAACGUGAAUGGGCAGCUGUGGUAGGUUUGGAGAUUCAUGCCCAGAUUGCCUCCAACUCCAAACUCUUCUCUGGAUCUCAAGUCGACUUUGCAGCACCUCCCAAUUCUUUGGUAUCUUUUUUUGAUGCAUCUCUGCCUGGAACUUUGCCGGUCCUCAACAGGCGGUGUGUGGAAGCAGCCGUGAUGACCGGCCUGGCCCUGGACUGCCACAUCAACAGGAGGUCCUUGUUUGACCGGAAGCACUACUUCUACGCAGACCUCCCUGCCGGCUACCAGAUUACCCAGCAGAGGCUGCCGAUCGCCGUGAAUGGGAGCUUGGCGUACAGCGUCUGUGUGGGGAAGAGGCGGAGUCAGAUGGUCACCAGGACAGCGGGGGUCAAGCAGAUCCAGCUGGAACAGGACAGCGGCAAAAGCCUCCAUGACAGCCUGCGGUCCCAGACGCUCAUUGAUUUGAAUAGAGCGGGGGUCGGCCUUCUGGAAGUGGUCCUGGAGCCUGACAUGUCCUGUGGAGAAGAGGCGGCUGCAGCCGUCAGGGAGCUACAGCUGAUUCUUCAGGCCCUGGGGACCAGCCAGGCGAACAUGGCAGAGGGCCAGUUGAGAGUGGAUGCCAACAUAUCUGUGCAUAACCCUGGGGAGCCUUUGGGCAUUCGAACCGAAGUAAAGAAUCUCAAUAGUGCCAGGUUUUUGGCCAAAGCUAUAGACUAUGAAAUUCAGAGGCAAAUCAAUGAACUCGAGAAUGGAGGUAAAAUCCUGAAUGAAACUCGCUCGUUCGAUUACAAGCUGGGGUGCACCGUGCCGAUGAGAGACAAAGAAGGAAAACAAGACUACAGGUUAAUGCCGGAGCCCAACCUGCCCCCGCUGCUGCUCUACGACUCGGGGUCCCUGCCCCCUGGCACAGACCCGCAGCAGGUGAUCAACAUCGACCAGCUCCGGGAGCAGCUUCCCGAGCUGCCCCGCGUGACCCGGGAGAAGCUCGUGCAACAGUAUGGGAUGCUGCCGGAGCACAGCUUUGCCUUGCUGAAUGAAGUUGGCCUACUGGAGUUCUUCCAAAAUGUGAUAAAAGAAACUAGGGCAGAGCCAAAAAAAGUGACUAGUUGGGUCCUCAACACUUUUCUGGGCUUUUUAAAGCAACAGAACCUUGCCGUCAGUGAGAGUCCUGUCACACCCUCUGCCCUGGCUGAGCUGCUUGACCUGCUGGACAGGAAAGCCAUCUCUUCAUCCGCAGCUAAACAGGUGUUUCAGGAACUGUGGAGGAGUAAGGGCAAGACCCCAGCACAGAUCGUUGCAGAAAAGCAGCUUGAACUGAUGCAGGAUGCAGAGGCGCUGGAGCAGCUCUGCCGCUCCACGCUGGAGGCGCAUCCUCAAGUGGUCACGGAUGUAAAGAAGGGAAACCCCAGGGCCAUAAACAAACUGAUCGGGUUGGUCCGAAGAGCGACUCUCGGCCGAGCAGAUCCGACGGUGAUAAAGGAGGUGCUGGAGAGGCAGCUGUCGUCGUGACGGGUUUGGGUCCCCCUGCCACGGCCGGGCUGGAGCCUGUGCGCUGACGUCCUAGGCCCCAGCCAGACGCCCCGCCUGACCUGCGCCUUGAGGUGCAACCUCCACGCAGACCAGGCCUGGCGCCGUUGCUUCAUCGACAUCACACGCUUCCGGGGGAGGUGCAGCAGUGGUGAGAAACAGCACGUCCUAGUGCGCAGUGACGCCAAGCUCAGUGCCACAUGCUGUUUCAGAUACUGUCACCACCCUAGGAAAACGUUUCAUUCCGCAGGUCCCUCAACAAAUAUUUUUAAGCACGUGCUAAGGGCCGGGCGUUGUUCCAGGUGCUGGGGAUUAGCAAUGAUGAAGAGAGGCCGUGAUCUGGAUGCAGUAUUUUGUUUGCGGCGCUCUCAUUAGUCUUAGUACCAGGAAUGUAUUCUCCCAUCCACUGAGUAAAAGUGAUGUUGCCCAUUCAAUGCCCAGGGAUCCCAGAAGGCAGAGGUCUGAGAAUAAAUGAUUUAUUUAUUUUUUUGGUAAAAAAAGACAACAGAAGUUUUCAAAUAAAUUUAAUGAAUAAAAUUUAUGCUGAAACAUCACAUAAAAAAUUAACUUACACGUCGAAGAUUGUGCAGUGGACAAACCCCCCUCCCCACCCUCAGACCGAAAAGUUUUAAAAGGCGAAAAAAAAAGCUGUAACAUUGAACUGAUUUGUUUUGCCUGGAAAGAAUAAGAUGGUAAGCUAGUAAAUCAAAACCUUGACCUUUAACGGUAACUGUGGUACAGUUAACAGUAGUCCAUGGAGGCUGCGUUGCCCUCACCCCUGUUCUCGUGGCAAUAAUACUAUUUCUCUGUCGCACUGGGGCACCCCUUUGUUCACUGCACGCCUUUGUUACCUCUGACUCACAACACUAAAGACCAGUUUUGCAAGUGCUGUUUUUUAAAAGCACAUGUCAAAUAAACUAUGACAUAAAAGAAAAUCAUUGGAGGCCCUGAUUUUACACUGAAUUCUCUCUUGUACUAAGAAGAGCACAAACACUUCCGUCAUGAACGGUGCUCCAGUGGUAGCUGGGGACCCGGAGAAGAGUCACCAGCUUAGCAGCUCAUGGUUCCUGGUUGCAGACGAUCGCUCAGGACUUCCCUAACUAGGAGUAAAGAGAGGACUGCCCCUCUUCCCAGCCAGAAAAGCAGGGACCAGUCAUCUGGCUUAUUUCAGACAAGCAUGAAGAGGUAAGGUUUUUGAAAAAACUAACUUUUUUAAAAAUGAGUGACUUAGAAGUGUUAAGAGAAUACGGUACGUUACAUCACCCAGGAAGCCGCGUGCCGCUCGCGCAUCCCGUUGCAGUACUGAAAACUCCUGGGCCUGACGGUAAAACAUUUUCAUCAAACCUCUUUUCGAGAGAGAAAGGCAGAGCCAGUUCCCACCCCCCCACCCCGUGGCUCCUGAGUCUGGAAUCUGGCGGGAUCAUGAUUUUGUAAGAAAUGAUAAGAUUCAGUUUUGUUUUACAAACUCCAUUUUCACCAGAGGUCUGGCUUCUUGGUCAUCAACCCUUACAGAAAGCACUGGACGAUCUUUCCAGACCAUUUUAAAUCAAGGGCUUACUUAAGUGGGGUCUGGGAGGGGCGGGGACAGCCAGAUGAAGGCCAUUUACCAACAAUAUCACGUCAUAUGUAAACCGUCUUAUGGACUGAUCAUUUCGGGAGAAAAAUGCCAUUGCUGGGGUCGGGGGUAGAGGGAGGGUGAAAUGGGUAAAGGGGGUCAACUAUGUGGUGGCAGACAGAAACUCAGCCUUUGAUGGUGAAUACACUGUAGUGUAUGGAGAAGUCAAAAUAUAAUGUUAUACACGUGAAACAUAUGAUGUUAUAAACCAGUUACCUCAACACACAAAGAAGCACUGGAUCUUUACAAUGCUAACUGUCAUCCAGCUCUGACAAUUGCCUGUGGUCUUGAAGGCCCACUUCUGAAAUCCCAAAAAUGAGAUUGUGUUCUUGUAACUGCUCAUAGAAAGAAAAAAACAUAUCAAAGCACAGCUCAGAUAUCUUACCUGGAACCUGACUAGAUAUUCAAAAUAUAUGUUUAUCUAACACCCUAAGAAAUUCACAAAGUAUGGCUCUACUUGUAACUGGGCUUCAGUGAAAUACAGUUUUAAAUACAUUUUUGCAUGAUUGUGAAUUUAGUCUGGUUCUCUGUUUGCUAUUCAGGGGGAAAUCUCAUUGAAAUGUAUGCGUUGGCACCACAGGUGAAGCCAGUGCCAUCUGUCACUGGAGCCCACACACCUGGAGGCUGGGAGGGCAACGUGCUGGAAGACUGGCUCCCCCGGGUGCCCUGUGGCUUAAGGAGGAGAUCCUACUCAUAAGAGGAUGCUCUCCUGACAACACCCUGGAGCCAGGAUGUCUCAAUGGACUGAAAAUCAACAACUGCAUCAGACCUAAGUAAAAGCCACUUGAUGAGGAAAAGAGCAACAUGGACUCAAGGAGAAGAAUCGACACCAUCACCAGAUAAUGGAGAGACGUGGAAAUCAGACCAGAAAGCUGAAGAAUACGGCUCUCAGACGUGACUUUAGCUUCCUAUAUACCUGGUGAGUCCAAACUGGAAGAUACAUACUUGUGCAAAGCAAAGUUGGAGGAUAAUACAUUACAGCUGAAACUCAUCUUCUGUUCCUUUCUCUCCAUCUCUGAGCCACUGACUUUUCCAGUAGAGACACUUACGCAAGUGCAAGUGGAUGUCGGGAAGCCAGGAGCAGGCCAGUCCGCUGGGCCUCGCACAUUCUGGCUGCUGCACCGCAGCCGGGCAAACCAUCUUUCAAGACAGACAAGUUUGAAGUCAGAAAUGUACAACGAAUCACUAUCUGGUUCCUUGCCUAGACUUGCAAGCACCGCGAAGCGGGACUCCUGAGAGCCACCCAGCCCCAGCCAGAGCUCCUGAGGCUUCAUUCCAGGACUGGCUCACUCGCUGCAAGAUCCCUGAAACACAAAAGGCAGCCUCGGCUCUGCAGCGUCUCAGAUGUGCUUCUCUCCUCCACGCCCUUCCUGUACUAGGGCCUGAUUGAUUAAAACCAAACCAGUGCUCCUGAGGCACCACCACCAGCCCUGUGACCACCCCCGGGGCUCAGCAAGAUGCCCACAGAAAGAACAGAGACCCGGGGCUUCCAAUUUCCUUCCAAACCAGGUGUGUGUGGGGGGGGGCGGGGGGGGGGUCACCCUGCUUACGUGCUUCUCACCUACCCACAGUACAGGAGAGUGGAAUCUAAUAUCCAUGAA